CCGGCGGGCUCCGGUGCUCGGCCAUGGCGGCGGCGGCGGCGCACAGCGUGCGGGUGCUGCGGGAGCUGAACCGGCAGCGCGCGGCCGGGCAGUUCUGCGACGCGACGCUCGGCGUGGGCGGCCGCGAGUUCCGCGCUCACUGGCCGGUGCUCGCCAGCUGCUCCCGCUUCUUCCGCGCCCGCGGCCCCGGCGGGCCCGUGGCGCUGCCCGACGGCCUCGCCGACACCUUCCAGCUGCUGCUCGAUUUCUUCUACACGGGGCGCCUGGCGCUCACGGCGCACAACCGCGCCCGCCUGCUGGCGGCCGCCGAGCAGCUCGGCGUGCCCGACGCCGUGGCGCUGUGCCGCGCCUUCCGCCCGCGGCCCCGCCGCGCCGCCGCCGCCGCCCGCCCGGAGCCCGCGGCGGCCCCGCAGCCCGGCGGGCAGGCGGUGCGUGAGGGGGGCGGGAGGGGGACGGCGGGGCCCGGGCCCGGCGGGGGCGGCGCGGUGACGCCGCUGUUCCCUCGCAGGGCUCCCCCUGCCCCGGAGGAGGCGGCGGUGGGUGGCGGCGGGCGGGGGGACGGCGACGCUGAGCCCCUUCCUGAGGAAAAGGUGCUGCGGAGCAAAAAGAGUCCCCCCGCUCCGGGAAAAGCGCCGGGGAGCAGAAAAGGUACAGCGGUGCCGGUCGAGUGCCCCACAUGUCAUAAAACCUUCCUCAGCAAAUAUUACCUUAAAGUGCACAACAGGAAACACACUGGAGAGAAGCCAUUUGAGUGUUCCAAGUGUGGCAAAUGUUACUUUAGAAAAGAGAAUCUCCUGGAACACGAAGCCAGGAACUGCAUGAACAGAUCGGAACAGGUAUUCACAUGCUCAGCCUGCCCGGAGGUGUUCAAGCGGCGGAUGGAGCUGCGGCUGCACAUGGUGUCACACACUGGGGAGAUGCCAUACAAGUGCUCCUCAUGCUCACAGCAGUUCAUGCAGAAGAAGGAGCUGCAGAGCCACAUGAUAAAGCUGCACGGUGCACCCAAGCCCCAUGCGUGCUCAACCUGCUCCAAGUGCUUUCUGUCCCGGACAGAGCUGCGCCUACACGAGGCCUUCAAGCACCGCGGAGAGAAGCUGUUUGUGUGCGAGGAGUGCGGGCACAGGGCCUCGAGCCGCAACGGCCUCCAGAUGCACAUCAAGGCCAAGCACAGGAACGAGCGGCCCUAUGUCUGUGAGUUCUGCCACCACGCCUUCACGCAGAAAGCCAACCUCAACAUGCACCUGCGCACGCACACGGGCGAGAAGCCCUUCCAGUGCCAUCUCUGCGGCAAGACCUUCCGGACACAAGCAAGUCUGGACAAGCACAACCGGACGCACACCGGGGAGCGGCCGUUCAGCUGUGAGUUUUGUGAGCAGCGUUUCACGGAGAAGGGGCCACUGCUGAGGCACGUCGCCAGCCGGCACCAGGAGGGGCGGCCCCACUUCUGCCACAUCUGCGGGAAGACAUUCAAAGCGGUAGAACAGCUGCGUGUCCACGUUCGCCGGCACAAGGGAGUGAGGAAGUUUGAGUGCAUCGAGUGUGGCUACAAAUUCACACGGCAGGCUCACUUGAGGCGCCACAUGGAGAUCCACGACCGAGUGGAGAACUACAACCCUCGACAGCGCAAGCUGCGGAACCUGAUCAUCGAGGAUGAGAAGGAUGUGAUGGUGGUACUGCAGCCGCCGCCAGAGCUGGAGGUGGGCUCAGCCGAGGUGAUUGUGGAGUCGCUGGCUCGUGGGCCACUGCCUGAGGAGGUCUCUGCACAGAAACUCUGCUCAAAUGAGAACUUCUCCCCUGCAGAUGUGAUUGAGCAAUCACUGAUUAUAACUACAACGAUUCCUGAAGACUGUGAGACGUAGUGUGGCCACCCACCCCUUCCACUGAAACAUAGUAAACCAUUAAGCUGAGCCACUUUCUGCCACACUUACUCUUUUGAGCCCCCUCCCUCCUUUUCUGCCAGUCUCCCAUCCCUGGCUGCAGGGAAAGAAAAUCACCAUGAUGUUGUGUUUGAGUGUCAAAUGAAGAAAUGUCUCAGAGCAGUCGCUCCAGUCAGUGCCACACACGGUGUGCAGUGGGAUGGGACUGACCUCUCUGUGUCAUAUUGUGACUCACUUUCUGACUCCGAAAGAGCUGGUGCUGCCCUCCCUUUUCCUCGAGCCCUCUUACCCUGCCUGUGAUUAAAGCUCACCAUCUCUGUCCAUUCCUUAA